AUGUUCUUUUUGCAUGAUGGAAAUCUGAUCCCAAUAUUUUAUGGUUGUUCCACGAAAGACCCCGAUGGUGAGAUUGGCGUGGAAUGGAGACUCAACCCCACGUUAUUCAAGAAGGGCACCAUGAACUUUUCUCUACCAUUCAUUUCUAACUCUCCUACAACCACACUCGCCCUUUUUGACACACACUGGACUAACCCAUCUGCAGGAAAUGUCAAACUGAAUACGGAUGGAUGCUGGUAUGAAUCGAAUGGAACAGGAGGGUUUGGAGGAUUAUUUAGAAAUCAUAUGGGAGAUUGGAUCAUGGGAUACUAUGGCAAGCGAAGCUUUCAUUCAAGCUUGGAGGCAGAGCUAUGGAGUAUAUACAAGGGGCUGGAAGUCAUACUAGAAAGGAAGCUGGAAAAUGUGAAGAUUGAAUCUGACUCUCUCGUAGCGGUGAACCUCACCAUGGAAGGAAACCCAGGCAACCACCCCCAGAGUGUGCUGAUCAAUGAAAUCCAUGCCCUUCUGACUCAGACUAACACUACGAUUGGGCAUAUCUAUCGUUCGGCCAAUCAAUGCGCCGACCACCUUGCCAGGAUGGGUGCGGAACGCACCGAAGAGCUCGUGUUUGUCAUGGACAUGCCCAUCGCGAUAAGGGAAUUUGUAAUUAGAGAUAGCCUGAAUAUCAGGCAAGUGCUUGACUAG